AUGCGAGUACCUGCGUCUGCGUCUGCGGCCGAACGCAGCGUCAAUGCGUCUGACGCCCAUCUCAUCUCGAACUCUCUGUUCUCAAUCUCAUCUCGAAGCUCUCUGUUCUCCCUCGCAUCUCGAAGCUCUCUCUUCUCCAAUAGCAUCUCGAAGCUCUCUCUGAUUCUCCAUAUAGCAUCUCGAAGCUCUCUUACUCCAAAUCCAUCUCUUCCUUUUCUCGUUGAGGCUCUCUCGUCUCAAGCUCACUCUCAAGCCUUUGAAGAUGCUUUCAAAGCAGACAACGCUUCAAGCAACAAGAGUGGCGUCAAGCUUGGUGGAGACUAUACAAGGAGUUUGCAGGCUAGAUCGACCUCUAUUCUCAGUAUCUUCUUGGAGAUGCAGGAAGAUAUGACUCUGUUGUUAGUGUAUAUUAAAAACUAGUUUGGUGUAUGUUUGGAUAACAAUGAGGCCAAAUGCACUCUCCAAAGAAUGUUGAUGUUUAUAAUACAAAAAGAUGAGUAAUGUUACAAAAAUGGUUACAAAGAAUUCUUUUUUUUUUAAAUUUAGCUUAUGAUUUAUGACAAGAAAAUGUU